GUUUCAGUGCCCCUUAUCUCUAUCAUUCUUGAAGAGAUUGUCUGGUAUUCAUCUGUACCAAUGACAACUUCAUUGAGUGGAUGCAAGGUGAUGCAUGGGAGCUUGAGACCCAAAAAAUUUGAGUACCUAUUUUUGUUACUAGCAUUCACAAGUCUUUUGCUUUUGCCAAGUUCUGAGCAACAUGAUUGUUGUGAGAGAGAGAAAUCAUAUGUUGAAGAUGCAGAUCUGUUUACAAUUUCCUAUGAGGACUCUUUUAAAAUGGUCAAGAAUUUACUUCACAACAUAUCUUAUAAGCUUAUGGAGAAAGACAGCAAUGUUUCUGCCUUUAACCGGUGUAAGAACACUAGAAGUUUCCACAUUCCCUUGAAUAACUAUACCACAGACAGCACAAUUUCAGUGGCAUAUUUUGAGUUGUUGGGGAUCUUGUACAAGAUGAAAGGAGUGACCACAGAUUACAUAUCAUCUCCCUGUGCACUAAAGUAUAUAAGGCAGGGUAAAAUUAAGCCCAUAAAUGCCUCAGAUCCUGCCCAAUCAUCAUCGUAUGAGGGAGUUUUCACGUCGUUAAAUCCUAGCAGUGAGACAACUCGUUGCACCAAUAUUAACUUUGAUUCUACUUUUGAUCCAGGGCCUCUCAAGAGAGCCGAAUGGAUAAAAUAUAUAGCAACCUUUUUCAACUGCGAGAAAAGGGCCACAUAUGUUUACAAUAAGAUUAAAGACAAUUACAAUUGCCUGAAGAAACAAGCAUCCAAUGCCACAAAGAAAAAGCCCAAUGUUGCAUGGCUUUCAUAUUAUCAAGGCAUUUGGUCUUUUUCUGGGGCAACUUAUAAAUUACAGUAUAUUUUAGAUGCUGGAGGUAUAGCCUUGAAUCCACCCGAGAGUACAUUCAAUAUGUCUAAGCAGAAAGAUGUGCAAUUGUUUCACAGCUAUCUUGAGAGAUUGGAGGUGUUGAUAGACGAAACUUAUGCUCCUAUUCCUAAGGAUUACACUUUAAACAGCUUCCUAAAUGCUGCACUAAUCAAUUCAUCUCAAACAGCAAGCUUUGCAUUCUUAAAACACAAAGCACUCUGGAGAUAUGAUAAAAGAGUUGGGAAUACAUAUGGACUGGAUUGGUUUGAAGGAGCCAUUGCACAGCCACAAGUCGUGCUAUGGGAUUUAAUUCAAGCUUUUAAUAGAUCUGAUUAUUACAUCACUGUUUACUUUAGAAACGUUGCAAAGGGGGAGAGCAUGGUAAAUACAAGUAAGUUGAAUUGUUCACACACCAUAAAAACUCCCUUACAACCAGAGAUUAUUCCUUGCCAUCUGACAGUUCCACUUGAUCUCACUCAAAUACUUAGCUAG